AUGCCGGAUCCAGUUGCUGACGUGACGGAAGCUACCGUCAAGCUCGUGCUGGACGAAGGCACAGGCGAAAUGGUGACGCGGAACGAGCUGAAGAAACGACUGCAGAAGCGGGCGCGGAAAGCGGCACAGGCCGACGCUCGCGCGAAGCAAGCCGAGAAUCCCCAGCCGAAGGGGGUUGCGUCGACGCCGAAAGCGAAGCGGGAAGAGGUCGUCGAGCUCGACCCCCAAGCCAUGUUCAAGCAAGGCUUCCUCGCCGACGUCUUCAGGGACCGUCCCGUCAAGCCGGUCGUCACCCGCUUUCCACCGGAGCCGAACGGCUAUCUGCACCUCGGGCACGCCAAGGCGAUCGCCAUCGACUUUGGCUUCGCGAAAUACCACGGCGGCAGGACGAUCUUGAGAUUCGACGACACGAACCCGGACGAGGAAGAAGAGAUCUACUUCGAAUGGAUCGUCAAGAUCAUCAAAUGGCUCGGCUUCACACCCGAUGAAAUCACCCACUCGAGCGACAACUUCCAAAAGCUCUACGAGCUCGCCAUAGAGCUCGUCAAGAAGGAGAAGGCCUACGUGUGCCACUGCGGCGAGGAGGAGAUCAAGCUGCAGCGCGGCGGCAAGGACGGCAAGGAAGGACCGAGGUUCCGCUGCCAGCAUGCCGACCAGGACGUUGCCACCAACUUGGCCAAGUUCAAGGACAUGCACGACGGCAAGUACGAGCCCCGAUCCGCCUUCCUGCGCAUGAAGCAAGACAUCACCAGCGGAAAUCCUCAGAUGUGGGACCUCGCCGCCUACAGGAUACCGAAGCAGCAGAAGAGUCAUGUGCGGGCGCCCGAGUGGAAGAUGUUUCCCACCUACGACUUCACCCACUGCUUGUGCGACAGCUUCGAGGGAAUCACUCACAGUCUCUGCACGACCGAAUUCAUCCUGUCGAGGGAGAGUUACGACUGGCUCAACAGGACACUCGGCGUGUACGAGCCGAUGCAGCGAGAAUUCGGCCGGCUGAACGUCAGCGGCACCAUCAUGAGCAAGCGGGCGCUCAAGAAGCUCGUCGAGGGGAAGAUUGUCGCAGGCUGGGACGACCCUCGGCUGCAUACCCUCAUCGCCAUCAAGCGAAGAGGCGUACCGCCCGGCGCCCUCCUCUCCUUCAUCAACGAACUUGGCGUGACGACGGCGCGGACCAUCAUCUCCAUCGCCCGCUUCGAGCAGUCUGUCCGCCGAUACCUCGAGCACACGGUCCCCCGCAUCAUGCUCAUCCUGGACCCGGUUCCCGUCACCAUCGAGGAUCACGUGGAGGAGAUGGAGGUCGACACGCCCUACUCGACAAAGGACGCCAAGUUCGGCUCCCACAAGGUCAAGUUCACCAAGACGGUCUACAUCGACCGCUCCGACUUCCGCGAGGAGGACAGCAAAGGAUACUUCCGACUCGCGCCCGGCAAGGCCGUCGGACUCUUCCAAACGCCGUAUCCCAUCAAGGCUACGAGCUUCACCAAGGACGAAACGACGGGCCUCGUCACUGGCGUCAGUGCCGUCUUCGACAAGGAGGCCAAGCCCAAGACGUAUAUUACCUGGGUGCCGGAGGGUUCGGCCAAGGUGGAGGCUCGAAUCUACAACCAGCUGUUCAAGUCGGACGAUCCUUCGGCCGUCGAAGGCGGCUUCCUGAACGACGUCAACCCAAACAGCUUGGUCGUCCACAAAGACGCCUUGAUCGAGGCCGGAUUCUCUGAGAUCCAGGCUAGGGCACCCUGGCCGGCCACGGCCGGCGAAGCGAGCGGGACGAGCGGACCAGAAAGCGUGCGCUUCCAGGCGAUGCGCGUUGGCUAUUUCGCCGUCGAUUCCGAUUCCACCGCCGACAAGAUUGUCCUCAAUCGCAUCGUCUCUCUGAAGGAGGAUUCGGGCAAGAAAUAA